CCCCUGUGGCCACCAACCUCACCAAGGCCCCCCCGGCCACCCCGGGGGCCACCAAGGUCGCUGUGGCUACCGGCGGCGCCCCCCGGGCUACUAACGUCACCCCUGUGGCUACUAACGUCACCCCCAAGGCCACCGUGGACGGCGGCGCCCCCGUGGCCACCAGCGGCGCCCCCGUGGCCACUAAUGUCACCCCCAAGGCCACCGCUGUCGCUGGCACCCCGGGGGCCACCAACGUCACCCCGGGGGCCACCAACGUCUCCGUGGCCACCAACGUCUCCAUGGGGGCCACCAACGUCUCCGUGGCCACCAACGCCACCCCGGGGGCCACCAACGUCUCCGUGGCCACCGUUGUCACCCCGGGGGCCACCAACGUCUCCGUGGGGGCUACUAACUCCACCGUGGCCACCGUUGUCACCCCAGGGGCCACCAAAGCCACCGUGGCCACCAACGCCACCCUGGGGGCCACCAACGCCACCGUGGCCACCACCCUCACCCCAGUGGCCACCAAAGCCACCGCAGGGGUCGCCGUGGACUCUGUCACCCCAGUGGCCACCAAAGCCACCCCGGGGGCCACUGUUGUCACCCCCGGGGCCACCAAAGCCCCCGUGGGGGCCACCACGCUUGUCACCCCCGUGGCCACCAAGGUCACCGUGGACUCUGGGCCCUCGGGGGCCACCGUAGGGGCCACUAAGGCCCCCGUGGCCACCAACGUCACCCCCGUGGCCACCAACAUCGUCCCCAAGGCCGCCGUGGAUUCUGUCACCCCCGGGGCCACCAAAGCCAUCGGAGGGGCCACCGUGGCCACCAUCAGCACCCCAGGGGCCACCGUGGCCACCGUCGUCACCCCAGGGGCCACCAAGCCCCCCGUGGCCACCAACCUCACCCCGGGGGCCAUCACUGCUGCCAUGGGGGCCACCAAGGCCAGCGUGGCCACCAACGUCACCCCCAAGGCCAGCGUGGCCACCAUCCCCCCUGCGGUGGCCACCGCUGUGACUGGUCCCAGGGAUGGCCCCAGGGCUACCAACGCCACCCCCGUGGCCACCAGUGUCCCCUCCGUGGCCACCAGCGCUCCCAAGGCCACCCCUGCAGCCACCGUGGCCACCAGCGUCACCCCAGUGGCCACCAGCGUCGCCGUCGCUCCCAAGGCCACCAACGUCCCCACCGUGGCCACCAGUUUGACCAGUGGCCCCAGGGCCACCAACCUCUCUGCGGUGGCCACCAGCGUCCCCACCGUGGCCACCAGUGUCACCAGUAUCAACGCUGGAGCUACCGGUGCCACCUCCGUGGCCACCAACGUCCCCGCUGUGGCCACCAACCUCCCUGCUGUGGCCACCACCGUCCGCGCUGUGGCCACCAGUGUCCCCUCCGUGGCCACCAGCGUUAAGGCCACCGCUCCGGCCGGUGUCACCGUCACCCCCGUGGCCACCAGUGUCCCCUCCGUGGCCACCAGCGCUCCCAAGGCCACCCCUGCAGCCACCGUGGCCACCAGCGUCACCCCAGUGGCCACCAGCGUCGCCGUCGCUCCCAAGGCCACCAACGUCCCCACCGUGGCCACCAGUUUGACCAGUGGCCCCAGGGCCACCAACCUCUCUGCGGUGGCCACCAGCGUCCCCACCGUGGCCACCAGUGUCACCAGUAUCAACGCUGGAGCUACCGGUGCCACCUCCGUGGCCACCAACGUCCCCGCUGUGGCCACCAACCUCCCUGCUGUGGCCACCACCGUCCGCGCUGUGGCCACCAGUGUCACCAGUAUCAACGCUGGAGCUACUGGGGCCACCGCCGUGGCCACCAACGUCCCCAAUGUGGCCACCAGUAUGACCAGUGUCAAUGCUGGAGCUACUGGUGCCACCCCCGUGGCCACCAACGUCUCUGAUGUGGCCACCAACGUCCCCAAAGUGGCCACCAACGUCUCUGCUGUGGCCACCAGUAUGACCAGUAUCAACUCUGGAGCCACCCCCGUGGCCACCAACGUCUCUGAUGUGGCCACCAACGUCCCCAAAGUGGCCACCAGUGUCACCAGUGUCAACGCUGGAGCUACUGGGGCCACCGCUGUGGCCACCAACGACCCCAAAGUGGCCACCACCGUCUCCGAUGUGGCCACCACCGUCCCCAAAGUGGCCACCAGUGUCCCCAGUAUCAACUCUGGAGCUACUGGGGCCACCCCCGCCCCCUCCGUGGCCAGUGACGUCGCCCCCGUGGCCACCGGCCCCGCCCCGGCCCCGCCCCCUAAAG